AUGGCAACAGUGAGUGUAUCUGCUGCACUGAAGCCUUCCAAGUCAGUGAAAAGGUAUAAAAGUAUCAGGAGGAAAGCCAGCAUCUACAGAAUUCCACCUCACAGCAAUUCGGAUGAAGAUGAUGAUGAUGCCGAUGGCAAGGAAGAAAAUAAUGACCCUGAAAUGAUCUUUCAGAGCAUACAGAUGCAGAAAGAAAUUGUGGCAAAUAUCAGAUGCAGACCCUGGCCAAUGAGACAAAAGUUGCGUUCGCUCAGGCAAGCUAAAGAAAUUGUCUUAAAGUACGAAGGGAGAUUAACGAGAACACGGGGUUACCAAGCGGCCGGAGCAGAGCUUUGGAGAAAAUUUGUUCGGGUUUCAUAUAACUUUGCUGUCCUUUUUAUUCCUUGGGAAAUGAGGAUAAAGAAGAUAGAGAGUCACUUUGGAUCUGGAGUUGCCUCCUACUUUAUAUUUUUGAGAUGGCUGUUUGGGAUAAACAUUGUUCUUACAAUCUUGACUGGGGCAUUUGUUGUUAUUCCUGAGAUCCUUGCUGGUGCCCCAUUUGGAAGUACUAUCAACAAGAAAAUUCCAGAUAAGGAACUUUCAUCAGCCCAAGACCUCAACACCAUCUGGUCACUGGGGGGUUACCUGCAAUACUCUGUGUUAUUUUAUGGCUAUUACGGUCGAGAAAGAAAAAUAGGGCGAGCCGGAUACCGCCUUCCACUGGCAUAUUUUCUUGCUGGAAUGGCUGUAUUUGCCUACAGUUUCAUCACACUGUUAAGAAAGAUGGCAAAGAACUCUAGACUGAGCUUAGCAAGUGCUUCAGAUGAAAACUAUACCUUCUGCUGGAAAAUCUUCUGUGCCUGGGAUUAUCUCAUUGGGAAUCCAGAGGCAUCGGAGAGCAAGACAGCUGCCAUAGCCAACACCAUUCGAGAAGCAAUUUUAGAAGAACAAGAGAAACAUAAAAGCAAAAAUUUAGCGGUUACAAUAAGCCUCCGGAUUCUUGCAAAUAUCCUCGUUCUCCUUUCACUGGCUGGAAGUAUUUAUAUUAUUUAUUUUGUGGUGGACAGAUCCCAGAAAUUGGAGAGAACAAAAAUAGAACUGACUCUCUGGGAAAAAAAUGAGGUGAGUGUUGUUGUCUCUCUGAUCACUAUGAUUGCCCCUUCUGCCUUUGAGCUUGUAGCUGCUUUGGAGAUGUAUCACCCAAGGACCACAUUACGAUUUCAGCUUGCUAGGGUGCUUGUGUUAUACCUUGGUAAUCUCUACAGUUUAAUAAUUGCCCUGCUGGACAAAGUGAAUAGCAUGAGUAACAGUACUAAUGAUACCUCCACAGACUUGGCCCCAAUGUAUGCCACAAAAGCAUACACCAUGUCUUCUACAGUUGAUCCUGCCUGGGACAUGAACAGGACCGCAACCCUUGCUUUAGAAAUAGAUCUGAACAUGACAAAACCCAUGCAAUCAACCAACUGGACAUUAUCUCCUGUUGCCUCAGUCAUCCCAGCUGCAAAAAAUGAGUGUUGGGAAACCUAUGUUGGACAGGAAAUGCUGAAGUUAUCAAUUAUCGACAUGAUUUUCACAGUAGCGAGUAUACUUCUGAUUGAUUUCUUUCGUGGACUGUUUGUGCGAUAUUUGAGUGAUUGCUGUUGCUGGGAUCUGGAGAGCAAGUUUCCAGAGUAUGGAGAAUUCAAAAUUGCUGAGAAUGUCCUGCAUCUAGUCUACAAUCAAGGAAUGAUUUGGAUGGGUGCUUUUUUUUCCCCCUGCCUUCCAGCAUUCAACGUUUUCAAAUUAAUAGGGUUGAUGUAUUUGAGAAGCUGGGCGGUACUGACGUGCAAUGUUCCACAUCAGCAAGUCUUCAGAGCUUCAAGAUCUAAUAAUUUUUAUUUGGCUAUGUUGUUGUUCAUGCUGUUCCUGUGUAUGCUGCCAACAGUCUUUGCUAUAGUAAGAUAUAAGCCAUCGAUAAACUGUGGGCCAUUUAGUGGACAAGAGAAGAUUUAUGAUGUUAUUUCAGAGACCAUAGAGACAGAUUUUCCAGCUUGGUUUAACAAAGUUAUGAGUUAUGUCAGCAGCCCAGUUGUGGCCCUCCCCGCAUUGCUGCUUCUUUUUAUGUUAAUUUACUACCUUCAGAGUAUUGCAAGAUCGCUGAAAUUCACUAACAAUCAGCUAAGAACAAAGCUACACACUGAAAGAAUUGAAGACAAGAAGAAAGUUUUCCAAAUGGCUAUAGCCCGGCUGCAAAAUAAAGAUGGAACUGAAAAAAAACUAGAACCAGACAGUGAUAUAAUCAGUCAGGAAUCGUCUGCACAUUCAUCAACUCCAAGAAAAAAUGGCAGUGUGGUGAAUUUUGAAUCUCCUGUUAGCAAAGGCGGUAGAAUACAAACAAUCUCACAGUCAGCAUCUCGUGUGGAUGUUCCUCAAGCAGCAAGUCUAAAUCAGAGUCCUUCUAUAUCUGGCAUGCACAAACAAAGGACAGAGCAUUUUUCAAACAGGCCCUCAAGUAUCAAGCAGAGUACAGUCCAUGAUGUUGAUCGCCAAAAGAACUACAAUCCAAUAUCACAUAAAAAGCAAGAUCACAAUGUUUUCUCUGAACCGCUAUUCAGAAAAGGAAUAAAGCACAGUAGCCCAAAUCAUGGAGCUGGAGCACCAAGUUUUGUGGCCAAAAGGCCUCCCACAAGAUAUUUUAUUGUUAAUGAACAAGAUUCUCGCAUGAAGCUUUGUACAACUUCAAAGUUACCAAGACAUUUCAGAAUGGAAGAGUCUGGAGAUAUUGUGGAGCUAUACCCAAGAAAUAUCAGAAGAUAUGUUGUUCAACACCCCCGUCGGCCUUACUCACCCUAUUUAAGUGAGGAUGAAGAAGAUGACUUGCACAGAGUUCUAAUGCGUAAGUCUAACAGGCCUCAUUCAAUGUCAGAUCUCCGACAUCCACCUCGAUUCUAUAUUGGGGAUCGUACAGACAAUCAGAUAUUACCUGGCAGAGAUGCAUCUAAAAUGCAAUAUAAAUCAUGGGAAGGCGGCUUCCACCAUGAAGGAGAAAAAACACACAAUCGCAAAAAGAUAAAUCAUAAAAACAUAGAUCUUGCUGAGCACUUUGUGGAACGCCACCGCAAAGUAAAAUCAAAACACAAGCUUGAACCAUACCUAACUGAGUCCGAUUCUGUCUCCAAUGCAUCUAGCAGUGAUCAACAAAACAGCGAUCAGUACAUACAAGUUAUCCAUAAUAAAGACAAAUAUAUAAAAAACAGUGGGAAGCUAACUCGAAAGAAGGCAAAAACUGUGGACUUUUCCCCACUGAACGAUCUGAUUUGUUCAAAUGUCUAAAGCAGUUGAGGGUAAAUGUUAAAUUUAACUUAAUAUUCUACUGUAAAUUAUUGAAAAUUCAGAGCUGUUGGUUUAUACAGACUCUAAAGCUGGACCAUACAAAGGCCAAUAAAAGCUGCCAACUCAGUACCUUCACACCAAAUUCGGCAGCACCAGCGGGCCUGCCAGACUUGUCUAACCGAAAAUUUGCUGGAUAUCAAUCGGGCACAAGUCUCCAAUUGGCCUAUGGCCAAUGAUCUGAUCAACCGGAUUUGGUUCAGCAUGUGAGUGGCCGAAUAAGUCCCGGAGCCACAUGUCUGGCGACCUUGUUUGGUGGCCAGUAGAUUGGGGCAAUUUAGUAAAGAGUGAAUUAGCUGUAAAAAUAAUUGACAAUUUUUUGUCGUCACUCCUCAAAAAAGUACAAAAUACAAGUAGUCAUUAGGGCACAUUUUAAUGAAGGUCAAAAAAGCUUUUGUGAAAAUACCCCAAAACCUAAUUUACUUGUAUACAUUUUUGUAAACUUUUCUGGAGAACACUGUUUUUACUAUAUACUGUAAUAACUACAUCCCAUUAUAUUGUUAUCAAUUUCUCUUUAUUGCAGUAUCAGCGUAUAACAUGACAUUCCUGCACAUUUGAUUUUAUUAUACCUAUAACAAUGAGAUUUAUCUUAUUGCUUGCCUCAGCUAAAACAUUGCUCAAAAUGAGAUGCUAUUUAUGCUGAGAUUUAUGAAGAAUGCUAAAACAUCAUAGCAUAUAUAAUGCAAAUAACAUGGCAACUAUUGGUAUGACUGCACAAAAUAAAAUCUGCUUUUAUAUUUUACUAUUUCUAUGGGUAAAUAGAUGAUAUUCUCUACAUGUAGAUUAUGACAUACAACAAUUUUGCACUAAAAAAAAUUUGAUUUUAUAUUUUAUGAUAUAAGGGUAGUUUAAGGGUAAACAAAAAGGCCAAUAAACCCUACACAUUGAUACAAUAAAUAUUAUUUUUUAUAAAUGUUCUUUAUUUUUUUCUUUUGUACCUUACUUUUUUGUAUUAAUAUUUAAAAUUGCCAGAUGAACCUUGGAUCGUCAUGCAGGUAACGACCAAUGCUAGAAACAAAAUCUUUAGACUGAGACCCUACCAAUCAAUAAAUAUUCAUUAUUCAAAUGAUCGUAAAUCAGAAGAAACCCUCUUCGGGUAAUGGCCCAUGGGGAGAUUUGUCAAUCAUUGUAAAAAUGUGAUACCACAGGCGAUAAAUCACCCGAAAUUUUUUUCCCACAGGAUAUAAAUCGUCAGUUGCAAUAAAUACACAUCAGUUUGUUUUCUGAGGUUACCCGAAGUUUCCUUACGAAACAACUUUGGGCGACUUUGGAAAGCCAAAGCGACUUAUAAAGCAUUUUUAUAGAGAAUUGUAGUGAAGAUUUAAUUUCCCUGUGCGCCAUUGC